AUGCGCACACAAACCCCCAAGAUGUACUGGAAAGCCACAAGGACGCUUUGCUGGCUGGUCCUUCUGACCUUGUGCCUGCGAGCCACAGAGGUCCGACCUGUGCGGCUGCAGCAGAUGUCAAGGCCGGGCCACAGCCACAGGCUUCGCCAUUUUCGUCGACUUUUUAGCAGCACUCAAGGUAAUUUAUCAGCUGGGGAAGCUGAGGGAAUACUGAGGGAAUAUGGCAUUGAGAACUUUGGCACAGUUGUGUCUGCUGUCCGCAGUUCAGUGAUCGACUUGGAGAGCCUGCCCGCUCCAGCGAGGGGCCAGCUGUUUGUCUUGUGCCGAACUCUUGGUGCACUAAGGAACUGCUCCAUCGAAGAGCAACAAAGCUUGCAAGGCAGUGCUGAUGCAGCCCGUGGUCCAUUGUUUCAAUUCGCAUGCGAGAAUCAGACCUGCAUGGAGUCUUGGCCGCCCCAGAAGACGGCUUGCAUCCUGGACAGCCUGUUUGGGGCCCCAGCAAGCAACAGCACUCGUGAAAUGUGCAGCAAUAGGGACAUGGGGAUGGGCAACUCAUCAGGGCCUUCCCUCAGCACACCGCCCAGCCUGUUGCCAGUGGGAGAUGUAGAAAACAUGUUUGCUGGGCUACUGGGACUGCCAAAUGGCACCGAAAUCCUGAGCAAUUCCACCUGCAAGGAUGGCAAACCCCAGACGGAUGUGUUUGCCCAGCUGGGAGACGAGCCUUUCGUGAUGCCUGGUGAAAGCUUUAGAUGCAUUUGGGAUGGGAGGUGCCGGGACACGGAGGGGUGCUGCGACAUGGAUCAGUCCGCGAGUGGAGAGUUCAUAUGCUACCAGCCUGGAGGUGUGCAGGGAGGGGUGGCCAGUGCCGCAACAGCCAAUGGUGGACAGUGCGCGCUGGUAGUGCUGGCCAGCAUGUUGAUUGGCUGGUACGGGUUGACCUAUCUAUGCGCAUUGUAA